AUGAUCACCGGCUUCGCCCACAUCAACCUCACCGUCCCUCACGGCUCGCUGUCCGCGGCCAACGAGUUCUACGGCAACACGCUCGGGCUGACUCCGCGCCCCGUGCCGGUUCUACAGCAGGGGACGCUAGCAUGGUUCGACAUCAUCCCCAAAGCUGCGCAUGUGCAGGCCACGGUCAACGGAGACAGUAACGGAGACAGUAACGGCGUCAAUCCCGCUCCCACUCCCUAUCAGCAAGUCCACAUCGCAUUCGGCCCGGCCACGGAAUUCCUGGCCGAAAACAAGUCGUCGCGCCACCCGUGUUUCCGUCUCGGGUCGCCCGAGGCCCUGCUCGAGUUGAGGCAGAGGAUCUGGGAUCAUUACUUGCGCGGGGGGGACGGUGCGCCCAGAGAGGCGGAUGAGCCGGGCAAGGAGAACAGUGGUGAGUGA